UUGCUCACGCGGUUAAGUCAAUGGACAAAUAUAUAUAUAUAUAUAUAUAUAUAUUCUGAUGCCCUUCUUCUUUCUCGGAGGCCUUCGACCUGUUCCUUGAUUUCUUUGAGGAUUUCGUUUCUGGUUUGGUAAAGAAAGAUGGGAGGUGGCAAAGACAAGCAUAAGGAGGGGGAAAGUGACAAGGGCCUGUUUUCACAUGGUCACUCUGGAUAUCCGCCUGCAGGUUACCCUCCACAAGGUUACCCACCACAACAAGGAUACCCGCCACAACAAGGAUACCCGCCACAAGGGUACCCACCUGCACCCGGAGGUUACCCUCCUCAAGGAUAUCCCCCCCAGGGCUAUGGGGGUUAUCCACCUCAAUCAGGAUACCCACCUGCUGGUUAUGCACCUUAUCCGGGUGGAUCUUCUCAUGGACAAGGACAUGGGCAUGGAGCCAUGGGCGCGGUGCUAGCUGGGGGAGCAGCCGCAGCGGCAGCUGCUAUGGGGGCACAUCACUUAUCCCAUAGCGGCCACGGUGCUCACAAUCUUGGCCAUGGUGGAUACGCUGGCUAUGGUGCUCCUCACUUUGGUGGCCAUGGGGGCAAGUUCAAGCAUGGAAAGCAUGGAAAGCACCAUGGGGGCAAGUUCAAGCAUGGUAAACAUGGAAAGCAUGGCAUGUUUGGUGGUGGCAAGUUCAAGAAGUGGAAGUAACUUUGAUUGUUUUCAAUGGUCUUGAAUCUUACUAGUAUUAUCCUAUUGACUGAAUGUUUGUGGUCUUAUUGCUCUGAAAGAGGUGGAUAUGAACUCUUUACUGUUUUAGUUGUUUGUUAUAUUUAUAUAGGCAAAUAAACCAUCUUUGGAUGCUAGUAAGGUAUUUUCAACAUUUU